CCUUGGAGCAUCUUUCAUAUAUCAAUCAGUCGAGACAUGGUAAAUCCUCUCAAACGGGGCCUCAAAACAUCCUUCUCAAAUACCCAUAUAAGUCUCGACAGUUCGUGUUCCAUGUCACUGUCUUCCGAAAACGGAACAAGUCAACUCAUGAUGGCGAAAGAACCGGCUUGCGUCACCACCAGGACCAACAAUCUGGUCCUCAUCCCAGUAUUAAAGUGUUCAUAUUCGCCAGAUAUAGUUCUGGAUGUAAUGUCCAUGAUGCGCAUACUACCACAAAACACAUACGACUAACCGUCUAUCGACGUACGAUAGACCAGUCAACAUCAAUCCUAUCCGAUGUACUGAUCUCAACGGAGCAAGGGGGACAGUGAGACUGAUAAACCUUGUCUGUACAGUGCCUAGGUUCCCGGAGGUUAGUUGGAAGGGAAAUAUACACUUGUGAGGGUAUUACGAAGAUCAAAACUGAUGAUUGUCCGAAGUUGUCAUUCUUCCGAGCUCGGGUGCAGCUUCGGGCCCGAAGUCAGGCAAAUUUGGUGAAGGCAGGAUGCGUCUCGGGCCCGACCGUCUCCUCCCACAACGUAUAAGAAUAUGGAAAAAAAGCCCCAUUGUGGAAUGUAAUUCACAGCACGACUAGAGUGAGAUCCUCAUCAUCUGGACAGAAUUCGUUCCUCGCUCCAAUUCAAAGAUUGUUUUACUCAAUUUCAUUCGACAUCAUGAAGUCUCCUUCGGUUCACCAACCCGUCAUCAUUGUUGGGGCCAACCUGGUCGGGCUCUCGGCCGCUCUGUGUCUAUCCAAACAGACAGUACCUACCAUUGUCCUGGAGAAACAUGCAGGCAUCUCGAAGCACCCACGUGCUAUUGGCUUUACGUCGCGGACGUUGGAAAUAUAUCGACGGCUCGGCAUCGCAGAUCAAAUCCCAGAAAUCCCCAAAGACUUCAAUCUGAUGAGAGCGAGAGUCGAGAGCAUGACAGGAAAAUGGUUUGAAAGCACGUCCUGGUCAGACACAGACAGCUCCAAUAAAAGGUCAAGCCAAGAAGUACCUGCUCCGAAGAAACAGUAUUCGCCAUCUCGCGGCGCAGCCUUGCCACAAGAUCAAUUGGAAGCUAUCCUCCAAGCGGCAGCCGUCGAAAGAGGUGUGGACAUCCGGCGACAGCAUAGGGUAGCAGACGUGCAGCAGAACGCACAUGGUGUCACUGUGACAGUGGUCGACCCCCAGGAAAAGGAGACACAAAUCGAAGGCUCAUAUCUCAUCGCUGCAGACGGCAAUCGCAGCACAGUUCGUGAGCUACUCCACAUCCCACGGAAUGGGCGCGGCCAUAUGCAGACCAUGCGCAGCGUCCUGUUCCGCGCUCCAUUGGAGCAGUAUAUGCAGGGAGUGCACCAAUUCAAUAUCGAUCAGCCGGAUCUCAAAGCGUUUAUGACGACCUACAAUGACGGCCGGUGGGUGUUGAUGUUUCACGAUGACGUUGAGCGUGAUGAACCCACCCUUCGCUCGGCGAUCAACCAAGCCAUCGGUAGAUCGGACCUACCCGUUGACAUAAUCACGACCGGUCGCUGGGACUUAGCAGCUCUUGUCGCAGACACCUUCCAGUCGGGGCGUGUUUUUCUCGCCGGUGAUGCGGCACACACGCUGCCACCGAACCGAGGAGGAUAUGGAGCAAACACAGGAAUCCACGAUGUUGAUAACCUCGCCUGGAAGCUCGCUGCCGUUCUAUCGGGCAAGGCAUCGCCCGGACUUUUAGACACAUACGACGCAGAACGGCGUCCCGUUGCCCUCCUUCGCCAUGAUCAAAUCUUUGCCCGAGCCGAUUACAAAGUCCACCUCGACAAGGCCACGCCCGCCGGUAAAAAGCUCGAUGAUAAUGCGAUGGAGUUUGGACAACUGUAUCUAUCGAAGGGCUUCAUUGGAGUCGACAAUAACCUCCCGCGAGCGCUGAAGCCAGACGAAUGGGCCGGCCAGCCGGGUACGCAUGUGCCACAUUUCUGGGUCACUCAAGGUGGCAACCCCCUUUCUAUCUUAGAUGUGGUGGGCGAGGACUCAUGGACGUUGGUCUCCGAGUCAGCAGAAUGGGGGGACAUCGUGGCUCAGGUGAAUCUCAGAUCAUUAGUUACGUUGAAGCAUGUUUGCAUCGGAAGAGACGUUCAAUUUACUGACGAAGGGAGCUUCCAAGAGGCACUGGGAGUGUCUGCCACUGGCGCAUCGCUCCUGCGACCGGAUGGGUAUAUUGCGUGGAGGACGAAGGGAAUGCCAGCAAACCCUAUUAAAUGCCUCAAUGAUGUUGUGGCUCAGGUCACCUUUCGGGUGAAUAGCCGUCAGGACUGAAUGAUGAAUCCCGGUGGACUUUUGUAUUCUCUUUGGCGUUGGGAGGUUAUCGGCUCUGACUUGGGCUUCUGUGCACAGUACACAAUGAACUGAUAGGGACAUCUCAUAAUAUUCAUUAAUGCUUCAGUGAUUAUCGAGGCGCUUGCUAUGGUAGCUGUAAGUC